ACGUAAGUAAUGUGAUGGGAUUAGUAGUUUGACAGCCGGCAUCGAGGCAAUUGACUGUAAAUUUCCACGAAUUACUCAAUUCAGUUAAAAUGAAGCAAAUUUACGUAAAUAUUUUCAACAGUAUUUUGCUUGGCAUUACGCUGCAAGCAGUUGGUAACCAGGCCUCUGACAGCAAAUAUUCGCACUUUGUUGCUGGUGUAGUUGAAUUUCGACCCGACUUUAUAGGUCUAACGACCGAGCAGCUGAUUGCCAAACACACAGAUGCAUACAUAGAGAUAUUGUCAUCACCUGAGGCGCUGGAGACAGAUAUUGUAGUCUUUCCAGAGGGCACACUCAACAACGAGUUCAAGACGAGCUAUGUACCAGCGCCUGAAGCAGCUAUCAUACCAUGUUUGGAGGCAAAUCAAAGCAGUCGAUAUGAGCACUUUUUGAUCGCGCUUUCCUGUGCCGCACGUGACAAUCGCAAAUAUGUGAUCAUCAAUUUGACCGAGAAGGAAGAUUGCGUGGCUAACGCAGCAUUCGAUCCACGGCCUUGUGCCACAAACGGAUUGAAUAUAUACAAUACGAAUGUGGUAUUCGAUCGGGAGGGACGCGUCAUAUCGCGCUAUCGCAAGGUGAAUAUCUAUAUAGAGCGGAAAAAUACAACUUAUCAGCCCGAGUUCGCAAUAUUCGAUACGGAUUUCGACGUGCGCUUUGCGCACUUCAUUUGCUUCGAUUUGCUCUUUUACACGCCAGCCGAGGAGUUGGUGGUUAAGUAUGGCAUUAGGAAUAUCAUAUUCACCAGUAUGUUCUACUCCGAAACGCCAUUUCUAACAGCCGUUCAGCUGCAGCAAUCAUGGGCUUGGGGCAACAAUGUCACAUUACUCGCCGCUGGCGCCAGUUAUCCGCAAUCAGGUGCCACCGGCUCAGGCAUUUACGCCGGUAGUAGUGGCAGCUUAGUGUCUGCAAUGAUCGGCACCAAAGGUGAGCGUCAGAUCUAUGUGGCGAAAGUGCCGAAGUUUGUAGGAAAAAGCAGCCUACAUGCCACCGCAUCUGAGUCACCUGCGAUAACAUCCACGCAACCUCAAACCGGCCUCAAAUUGCUGCGUGAUCCACAGUUGGAUAACUUCAACUCACAGCCCUUGCUGUUGAACUCUUCCGCCGCAAUUUCAGUGCAACUCUGUGCCGAAGCGCUCUGCUGCAGUCUAACGGCCGAAACAAUAACUACAGAAAACUCCUACGGCAAUGGCACCAUCACUGAUGCCUAUCAAUACCGCUUUGGCGUCUUCACUGGUUGCCGUUCGUAUGAGAAGGAGCAGUACAGCGAUGUAGCCAUUUGUGCCAUUUAUGCUUGUACCGAUGACACAGUCUCGAGUUGUGGUCUCUUAUUCCCUGCGAAUACAACGAUCAAACCAAAGUUUGCUUUUAAAAGCUUGACCAUUGCGGGGAACUUUCAAAAGGCCGAACGUUUGCUGCUUAUGCCAAAUACACUUGACUUGAGUUUUUAUUCCCUGCAGCCAGCGCAGGUCUCUUGGCACCUCGAUGAUAAAGGCAAAUCAUAUGAGGCGACAAUAGAUUUAACAGUUAAAAUGGAUAAUCUUUUAGCGUUUGGCAUUUACGCUAAUUACUAUGACAGUUCAUCGGCUGCACCUAAAUAUGGCAGUUCUGUGCUAAUGCUGAUAUCAAGUAUACUACUCGGGAUUGGAAGCUAUGUCAUAGAUCUUUUAUAUAUACGAUUUCUUUAAUUAUAUUUAAAAUUUUAAAAUAAAUGCGAGAAUGCUGAUAAUAAAAUAAAGUUGUCUAUAUUUAUACUUAA